UCUCUCUCUCUCUCUCUCUCUCUCUCUCUCUCUCUCUCUCUCCAGAAAUUCUGUCUUACACAUACAUACUGCAUGUGUUUAUGACGGUGGUCGAAGAAGAAAGAAGUAUGGAGGAAGGGCUUCUCAAGCUGAAGAACCAAAACGAUGCGUCAGACUGUCGUAUUACUGCCUGUGUUAUCCUCAGCACUUUCGUCGCCGUAUGUGCCUCCUUCUCCUUUGGUGUUGCUGUUGGUUAUACCUCAGGUGCCGAGAUAGGAAUUAUGCAAGAUAUGGGCCUUUCUAUAGCAGAAUUUUCAGCAUUUGGCUCAUUCUCCACGUUGGGAGCUGCAGUCGGUGCGCUGUUCAGCGGUAAAAUGGCGAUCAUGCUAGGAAGAAGAGGAGAUGUGUUGUGGCUGGACUUUGGAAGAUUAUCAUCAGGGAUUGGAAUUGGCUUGAUUAGCUAUGUGGUACCUGUCUACAUAGCCGAAAUUGCGCCAAAACAUGUUCGCGGUACAUUUACCUUUUCUAAUCAGCUUCUUCAAAACGCUGGAGUCGCCAUGGUUUAUUUUGGCGGGAAUUUCUUGAACUGGAGGAUGAUGGCUUUACUAGGUGGUUUACCAUGCGCCAUUCAAGCAGUCGGUUUAUUCUUUGUACCAGAAUCCCCAAGAUGGCUGGCAAAAGUUGGUACGGAAAAAGAACUAGAAAAUUCACUGCUUCGGCUUAGAGGGAGAGAUGCUGAUAUUUCACACGAAGCUUCAGAGAUUCAAGUUAUGACCAGAAUUGUAGCAAGUGAUUCAAAGUCGAGCUUUUCUGAUUUGUUCCAGAAAAAGUAUAGACAUACUCUCGUGGUAGGGAUCGGACUAAUGUUGAUACAGCAGUUCUCAGGAAGUGCUGCUGUAAUCUCUUAUGCAAGUACCAUUUUUAGAAAAGCUGGUUUUUCGGUGGCCAUUGGAUCUACGAUGUUAGGCCUAUUCAUGAUACCAAAAGCCAUGAUUGGUCUAAUUCUUGUAGAUAAAUGGGGCAGACGGCCCCUCUUGUUGACUUCUGCGUGUGGGAUGAGCAUAACUUGCAUGCUUCUUGGGAUCGUUUUCGCAUUACAGAAAAUGCAAUUACUUCCAGAACUAACUCCAGUAUUCACGUUUAUAUGCGUUACGCUGUAUAUUGCAACUUAUGCAAUAGGCGUGGGAGGCCUCCCUUGGGUAAUUAUGUCAGAGAUAUUUCCAAUAAAUAUAAAAGUAACAGCAGGGAGUUUAGUUACGUUAGCCUCAUGGUCAAGUAGUUCCAUCGUCACUUACGCUUUCAACUUUCUAUUCGAAUGGAGCACUCAAGGGACAUUUUACAUAUUUGGGGCUAUCGGAGGAGGAGCGUUGCUUUUUAUUUGGUUGCUCGUUCCGGAAACGAAAGGAUUGUCACUUGAAGAAAUACAAAUUUCACUUACUGGUCAGCCCGACGAGAUAAGUCAUAUGUAGAUUGAAAUGUUUAUAUUUUUAUUUAAGAUUAUUAAAUGCAAUAAAUGAUGUUAUGCUCAUCGACAAAGAUAUUCUGUGAUUAGUAUUUUAGUUUUUCUAAUACUUAAUUAGCCAUUUUCAUGUAUUUUUCCGUGAUUGUAAAGACGGCCUACAUUCACUGUAUAUUUGUAUUCUAUUUGUAAGAUAUUAGAAUGUAAAAUGUAUCAUUCUACAUCA